GCCGAGGCGGCGGUGGCGCCGUUGGUGCUGACAGGCAACGGGCGACGGGGCUAUGGGGCGCCUCGCAGGGCGUCCUCCCGGCCCGGCAGCCACCCUGCUCCUGCUCCGCUGUGCCGCCGCAGUCUCCGUUGUGCUGUGCGGCCGCCUGGCGGGGGGCAAUGAAAGACCCAUCAUCGGGAUAUUGGCACAGGAGUGUCACUUUGAUAAGUUUCACAGAUUUGGAAGUUCUUAUAUUGCAGCUUCAUACGUGAAGUUUUUGGAAUCUGCUGGUGCCCGAGUUGUGCCAAUAAGAUUAAAUCUUUCAGAUGAAGAAUAUGAUAAAAUAUUCCACUCCAUUAAUGGGGUACUUUUUCCAGGAGGUGGUGUGGAUCUUAAGACUUCACAAUAUUCCAGGGUUGCUAAGAUAUUUUACCACAAGGCAUUAGAGGCUAACGAUAAAGGAGAUUAUUUCCCAGUAUGGGGAACAUGUCUUGGACACGAAGAGCUUACGUAUCUCACAAGUGGCAAAGUUUUGCUCGUUAAUACCAAGACAAAUGGUUUUGCACUCCCUCUGAACUUUACCUCAGCUGCAAAAACCAGUAGAUUAUUCAAGAAUUUCCCUGAUGAUGUAUUACAUGCACUUGCUACUGAGCCAUUGACAUCAAACUUUCAUAUGUGGAGCCUCUCCUUGGAGAAUUUCACAAAGAAUGAAGAGCUUCGUAAUUUCUAUAAUGUUCUGACCACUAACACCAAUGAUCAAGUGGAGUUUAUAUCUACCAUGGAAGCAUACAAAUAUCCAAUUUAUAGCGUCCAAUGGCAUCCAGAGAAAAAUCCUUUUGAGUGGAAGAGUUCACCAGGCAUUCCUCAUUCCCCGUCAGCUGUAAGAGCAGCAUAUUAUAUAGCUGACUUCUUCAUUAAUGAAGCCCGGAAGAGCCUGCACCAUUUCCCCAGUGAAGCUGAGGAAACAAAAGAAUUGAUUUAUAAUUAUACUCCAGUUUAUACAGGAACAUUUUCUUCAUUUCAGCAAAUCUAUUUUUUUGAUUGAGUAUUGUGUCAAAGGUGCGGUGCUGCUAUUUAUAAAUGGAAUUAUUUGCCAGCGUUGAGUAAUUAACCUGAUAUAGUGCACUGCACAUGACAGAAAGCCAGCAUAGUUCUCUUUCUUUGUAAUAAUUUAUUCUGUGUUUCUUCUGCACUUGUGGACCAUUAAUAUAAAGUUUAUAUUUAAUAACAUAAUAAUUGUCUCGGAUCACACUUUAAGGCAAACUGCAGAAAAAUGCCUUUUUCUUCCAGGGAAAAGGUCUUGAUUAUACUUACGAACUUGUAAGUAAUCACAUUUAAUACAAGGAAAACCACUGUAUUCGUGUAUUUUAAAAUAUGAGAGUUACCUUUGUGGGCUAUGAUAGCACGAAAGGCUUAGAUACAUUGCUUAGUAAAAUCCCAUCCUUUUCACAUGAUUUAACAGAUGAGGGUUUGUCGUAAAUAUGUGUAUGUAAACAAGUUCUUGUCAGGGACUAUUUUGUCAUUUAAAAAAUUGACCAAAGUAGUAAGGAGGCAUGACAGCAAAGAGACUUCCCCCCUCUCCCUACCCGCAAAUGCACGUUAUAUCCCAUUUGUGAAACUGUUUCUCUUAUACAUUCAGCUUUGUUUUGAGUGCUUAUGCCUUCUGAGGCCUAUAUAAAUAGGAGGAUGCAGUGUAAACUAGGCAUUGCAAGUAUCAGGUAAAAUAAGUACGUUUGGAGGGCAUAGUUAAGUGCUGAUUCCACUUUCUGUUCUUUUCAAAUUCAGUUUUACAUAACUGGAGCUGGCAGACAGAUAAAAGAUGCAGAUGUCCAUUUUUUUUAUUUAAAAGAAUGUAAACCUAAUUUUUUUCUUUAUGUAAUCUGACUUUUCCUGUAGCUACUGGAUAGAAUUCUCUCUUUGAGUCAGGAGGUAGUUUGCCAUUAACUUAGUAAAGUCAGUGAUUUCUUUCUGCCUUAUUGGAUAAUUUAAUGCAGCUAGAAUUCAAACAGCAGAUAAAUGUAUAUGAGAAACCUAUUAAUGUUGACAUAAUGUGACAAUAGCAGUUGCAUUCGAUAGGCUGUGCUACCCUUUCUCUUUUUUUUAUCUUUGCUUUGCUGCACACUUAGUGAAAAUUUUGUUCAGUGAUUUUAUAUGGUGUCCAAAAAGGAACUAAGACGAGACAAUCAAAUCUAACUUUUCUUCUGUUGCACAACUUUCAAGCUCUGUUAACAUUGGCAGGGAUUUGGAGUUUUAUGAAGAAUUCACGUUUAUACCACAGCUCUGUUUUGUAGUACGUUAUACUCUCAAGUACCAUAUCUAAAUAAAGCUGGUAUGUUUCUCAGGUUUUUCAAAUGAAAGACUCUCCUCUUGUUCUUUAUCAUGAAACAGCUAUGUAAGAGAAUGUGAAAUGCAUUUGUUAAAAAACUGUAAGGAGACAUUAACUGUGACUUACCAGAAGGAUGCUUGCCAGGUAAUUAGUAGCUUAAACAUGUGAUAUUGCAGGCUAUUUCUACAUUUGUCAGAUCAGUCAAAUUCAGUAAAUGGAACUUGUUUUAAUAUAGAUGACUUUAUUAACUUUAUUAGCUGACUUCUGAGUAGAAUCAAGUGUAAAAAGAGGAUUACACUCUACAGUUGCAUACAAAUGUGGCAGCUAAGCUACUUACAAACUAAGUCCCAUCUUCUACUCCUUGUUCAGGCUGAGUUCUUUGGAAUAUCUCUAAGAAUUUGCCUAAGUAAGGAGGGCAGGAUUUAGCAUU